AUGUUUGGGUCACGCUUGAGGAUCUACCGGAUCAGCAUUACGGUUUUGAAAGGACUCUACUGCAAUGGUGGGAUUGGAAGACAACAUGGCCCAUUUCUUGUAAUCCUCUUGACGCCUAAUGGUGUCGCACCCCUUAAGCAUUCAGCAAUGCCCGUUCUGACAGGAGAGUCAGAGUGGCGGGCUGAUGGCAGCGCAGCAGAUCUCCAGCAGCAUAUGCCUGAUCAGUCAUUGUCGUAUAUUCGAAGGCCUUGUCCUCGGACUAUUUCCCACAGCCCUGUGUUUGCACCGACCAAGGUUCAAUCAGGAAUGUCAACGGCCUUGCAUCAGCUGCUGUUCUGCUGUCUUACUGUAGUGCUGGCUGGAGCAGCGGGUUGGUUGCAUUCGAUCUACACUUCACGCCUACAUGACAACCAUCUCUCUUUCUCGCAUCUUUCAGCUCUCGAACGAGAGCUAACCUUCCGCACCGAGAUGGGAUUCUACUACUCAUAUUUCAAGCAGGUAUGUUUCAUCCAACUUUGA